AUGAUUAAGGUUCAAGAUGGACCUGACACCCUUUUCUACAGAUCAAAUAUAAUAACUGCUUUCCAUGUAAUAACUAAGACUAAGAUCAAAGAUUUGAGUAGUAUAAAGCAGUAAAUAAUGAGAAACACGCAAGGAAUGCCAGAAAUGAGAUCUAAAUUGAUUAAGGUGUUCAAUAACUUCUACUACAAAAAAUUAAGUGAUGAGGAAUUUGAGAAACAUUUAGACAGAGCUAUUUCGCAGAUUCCUGAUGAAUUUAAAAAUGAAUAAGCUCUAUUGGAUUAUCUUGUGACAAAUUAAAUCAAAGACUUACCUAGAGACUCAAUCCAGUAUAGAGUCAUGAUUAAACAAGACUUCAGCUCAGAUUAAUCAGUAGUAGUGUUUUUGUUUUAUCAUGGGUUAAUAGAUGGGGUGGGUUGCUUAAACUUGUUUUGUGCCUUACAAGAUGAAUUUGAUCCUUAGAAUCUUCCAUUUGUGAGAUAAAGAUCCCUCUUAGAAAGCGUCAAAAGAUAUGCUGCUUGUAUUUUGGGAAUCUAUGUUCAUUUAAAAUACAAACCUUAAUAGUAUCGUGAAUCGCAAAUAACUUAGAUAGUUGAGAGAAAUAAACCUUAAAUUACUCUUUCGAAAGAUAUGAAAGUAGAUGAGCUCAAGUAGAAAAUAUGUAGUAGGUUUGGAUGUUCUAUCAAUGACUUACUAUUAGGUGUUUGUCUUAUAGCUAUGAGAGAUUACUGUCUUGUUCAAAAUGUAACCGAUCAUACAUUAUUCGAGUUUAUGAUGGCUAUAAAUCAGCGUUCUCCAGUCAAUAAAAAAUCAGACAUCAGAUUAUUUAAUUGCACUAUUGCUAAUCAGAUUAAAAUCGACUUUGCAUGCUUAUUUAACCCUGACCUUCUAAAUGUAAGUUUAGAGUAACAAUUAAAAGAGUCAUUGAAACUAUUCAAAGAUAAGUUUUAGGAUAUCAGAACAUAAGAUCUUGGCCUGUGUGAUAUAACUGCAUUAAAGACAUUGGUGUAUUUUUUACCUGACAUUCUGAUAGAGACAUAAAUAGAAGAGUUACUAGUUCAUCUAAGGAGAGCAUGGUCAAAUCUGAAUGGUUCUCCUAAGCCUUUAAUGAUCGGGGAUGCCUACUCAGAAAAGAUGAUGUUUUGUUCUUAUGCUGAUUAAUACGACAAUAUGGUUUUUAACUCUCUGUCGCAUAAUGGACAUUUAAGAUUUUCUCUUUCAACCCAGUAUUUAAAUUUAGAUUCGAAGAAAUUCAUUUAAUGCUUUGACAAGAUAAUUGAGUAGCUUUACUAAUCAAAUUGA